ACACACAAAAAAAGGAAAAAAAAACCCUAAUUCAAGAUAACUGAAUCGGAAAUGGAGGGUUCUGAUCUCGAAUUGGAGAAAGCCCGAUUGCUGAGCUUAGCUCUCGACUCCGGUUUCGACGAAGAAUCCGCAAACAAAUGCUUAGAUCGUCUGAUUUCUCUCUACGGUGAGGAUGGACGAGAUUUCAUCACUGUGGAGUACUGCGGUGAUGAUUUUCUCGCAGCACUGGCUGAAUCCAUGCAGGACAGUGAGGACUGGGAUGAUUUGCAGGCGGUGGAAUCGGAAGCUUGUGGUGCUUUGAAUGACAUGUUUGAGAAAGAUGAUCUUUUCAUUGAUAAAGCUAGGAAAAAUGGUGAAAUAAGAAAUUACAUCGACAUCAUGGAUAAUUCGCCUGAACCACCUAAAAAACAUAAAAAGCAGACAGAUUUCAUGGAGCUGGAUUCUUCAAGUGAUGAUGAUGGUUUCGCAAUUUCAACAAAAAAGGGUGCUGAAAGUUUGAGUAAACAUUCAUCAAGAUCCGUGGCUUCUAAGAGCAGUGUUACUCAAGGUUCUGUUUCAUCAGUUGCCAAUAAAAAACGAGGCUACGAGACAGCAAACAAAGAUGGGACUCUCAGUUAUGAAGAAUUGCGAGCUUUGGAUAAUUUGGAAUUGGCAAAUGUUGUGAUAUUUGGCAACAGAUCAUUUCGACCUCUGCAGCAUAAGGCUUGUAAAGCAUCUCUAGAUAAGCGAGACUGCUUUGUUCUUAUGCCUACAGGAGGUGGUAAAAGUCUUUGUUAUCAGCUCCCAGCAACUCUGAAACCUGGUGUUACGGUGGUCAUCUCUCCUUUGCUAUCACUAAUUCAGGAUCAGAUUGUUACACUGAACCUUAAAUUUGGAAUACCAGCUACCUUUCUGAAUUCUCAACAAACCACUUCGCAAGCUGCAGCUGUCUUGCAAGAGUUGAGGAAAGACAAACCAUCAUGUAAGCUCUUAUAUGUGACUCCAGAAAGGAUUGCUGGAAACCCAUCAUUUCUUGAGGUUCUAAAAUGUCUACAUAGGAAGGGACAACUUGCAGCUUUUGUUGUUGAUGAAGCUCACUGUGUUAGCCAGUGGGGACAUGAUUUCCGCCCGGACUACAGGGGAUUGGGAUGUCUCAAGCAGCAUUUUCCAGAUGUUCCAAUAAUGGCAUUGACUGCCACAGCAACUCACUCAGUUCGUCAGGACAUCCUAAAAGCUUUGAGAAUUCCCUGUGCUCUAGUCCUUGAGACAAGCUUUGAUAGACCCAACUUAAAGUAUGAGGUGAUUGGAAAGACCAAGGAUUCCUUAAAGCAACUUGGGCAACUUCUCCAAGAACGUUUCAAGAAUCAGUGUGGAAUUGUCUACUGCCUUUCAAAAAGUGAAUGUGUUGAGGUUUCAAAGUUUCUGAAUGAGAAAUGUAAUAUUAAGACAGUGUAUUACCAUGCUGGUUUGGCAGCUCGCCAAAGAGUUGUUGUUCAGAAAAAGUGGCACAUGGGAGAGGUCCAAAUUGUUUGUGCAACCAUUGCUUUUGGGAUGGGAAUAGACAAACCAGAUGUUCGAUUUGUUAUCCACAACACAAUGUCCAAAUCAAUUGAAAGCUAUUAUCAAGAGUCUGGAAGGGCUGGUAGGGAUAAUCUUCCUUCUGUAUGCAUUGCUCUAUACCAGAAGAAGGAUUUCAGUCGUGUUGUAUGCAUGUUGCGAAAUGGCCAAGGCUGUAAAAGUGAAAGCUUUAAGACGGCAAUGGCACAAGCUAAGAAAAUGCAAGAAUACUGUGAACUCAAGGAUAAGUGUCGGAGACAAACUUUACUUGAACACUUUGGAGAAUCUUUUGACAGUAAAUCCUGUAAAUAUGGUCCUAGUCCUUGUGAUAAUUGUCUCAAGACUUCUUCAUGAGUAUAGACAGUUGUUUCUGCAUCAGUUGACGAUUGUCUCAAGAUUUAUCCAUGAGCGUAGAGAAGUAUCAAGUAUGUCCUCCUUUGCAGCUAAGCUAUGUUCUGAAUCUAUGAUAGGCAUUGCUUCCCCUUCCCUUGCUGCUGCUUACUUAGCACCAAGUCAUCUUAUUUGUUGCAAACAAUGAACUGUGAUCCCUCCAUCCUUUAAACAAGGUUAGAGAUGUAAGGAAGUGGGCUCACCUCAACUUUUUGCUGCUACAUAUCUAAAACAGUCCUUUGUGGAGGAAUGGUCAAGCUCCAGGAAGGUUCAAUUGCAUGGAUGAAAAAAAGGUUAACUCCUUGUCCAAAACUAUCAAUUGAAAUCCAUAGCUCAGACAAUGGACUUUUAGCCAGCUAACACUCAGUCAUGGCAGAUUAUGGUGUAACACAAUUCACACUAAAAUUUCUCGUGCAGAAGUGCAUAUGGUUUCUUAUUAAGAUAUGCUAAGUUCAGUUACAGGCUUAAAACUAUGUAUUGUAUAUCAAACAAUUCAUAUUGUUGUGAUAUGGGACUUACCAUGUUGCA